CCGGCGGGCCGCGGGGCAUGCCGGGAUGGGGCGGCGCGCCCGGGGCCUCCGCCGAGCCGCCAUGGCGCCGCCGCGCGCGCUCCGCCGUCUCCUCUUCCUCCUGCUGCUGCUGCUGCCGGCGGGCGCCGGCGCGGGCCCCGCCUGGGACGAGGCCGGUUACGUGCUCUACUGCCCCUGCAUGGGCCGGUUCGGGAACCAGGCCGAGCACUUCCUGGGAGCCCUGGCCUUCGCUCGGGCCCUCAACCGGACGCUGGCCGUGCCGCCGUGGAUCGAGUACCGGCACCACCGCCCGCCCUACACCAACCUGCACGUUCCGUACACGGAGCACUUCAAGCUGGAGCCGUUGCUGCGCUACCACCGCGUCAUCCCCUUGGAGCAGUUCAUGCGGCGGCUGGCGCCCCGGCACUGGCCACCCGGACAGCGAGUGGCGUACUGCUUCGAGGCUGCGGCACAGCGGAGCGCCGACAGGAGCACGUGUCCCAUGAAGGAUGGAAAUCCCUUUGGGCCCUUCUGGGAUCAAUUUCAAGUGGAUUUUGAUAGAUCAGAGCUCUUCAAGGGAAUCUCCUUCAAUGCUGCAUACAAGGACCACUGGAUCCAAAGGUUUCCCCCAUCUGAGCACCCUGUCCUCGCCCUACCUGGAGCCCCAGCCCAGUUUCCAGUCUUGGAGGAGCACCGGCCCCUGCAGAAGUACAUGGUGUGGUCUGAUGCCAUGGUGAAGAAAGGAGAAGCCUAUAUCCACUCCCUGCUGGUCAGGCCCUACGUGGGAAUUCACCUGAGGAUUGGCUCAGACUGGAAGAACGCCUGCAACAUGCUGAAGGAGGGCACGGCCGGGCCGCACCUCAUGGCCUCGCCGCAGUGCGUGGGCUACGAGCGGAGCGCGGCGGCGCCGCUCACCAUGGACAUGUGUCUGCCCGGCCUGCGCGAGAUCCGCCGCGCCCUCGGCCUCUGGGUGGCAAAGACGGAAGCCAAGUCCGUGUAUAUCGCCACCGACUCGGAGCCCUACACGGCAGAGAUACAGCAGCUGUUCCAGGGCAAGGUCAAGGUUGUGAGCUUGCAGCCAGAGGUGCCCCAGGUUGAUCUGUACAUUCUCGGCCAGUCCGACCACUUCAUCGGGAACUGCGUCUCGUCCUUCACCGCCUUUGUGAAGCGAGAGCGCGACGUGCACGGGAAGCCCUCGUCCUUCUUUGGCAUGGACAACCCGCCCAGGCUACGGGAUGAGUUCUGAGCAGAAGGGGAAGGGGCUCUGUUGUUCUCUGGGCUCUGAGGUUGGUGCCUCGCUGAGGGGCCGCUUGGUGCCAGCGCCAUUCGCUGCACCCUGCCGGGCUGUCUCAGACCUGCCCCAGCCCUCAUCCUGCUCAGUCACCUCUAGACUGUUCUGUCUGACUCCUGUGUUUCCAGCAUGAGGUCAGGCAGAAGAACUCCUAAACUCACGUUGUUUGUAGGGAGCUGUAAGCUCUGUGUAGUUUUUAGGGUGUAGUUGUGUAGUGCUGGGGCUGGGGCUCGCCAGCCGCCAGUGUGAGGCAGCUGCUGCCCUUUCCUCCUCUCCAUUCUUUACUCCCUCGGAUUGAAAUUUUACCUGGAGACAUUGGGAAGCUUCUUGUCAAAAACUGACCCAAAUUUCUCUGUAAGUGCCAAAUCUUACCAGGAACAUUCCAUUCCCUGCACAGGGAGUGCAAGGGAGAGCUCAGGACUGGAAGCCAGCUCUGGGUUCAUCGAGUAUUGCUGUUGCCUUCCCAGAGCUGUGUCACCUCAGUGCCUCGUUGCCAUUCCCCUGCUGAAAGAGAUUAAUCUCUGGUGCUGUGGGGCAGCUGGGUGGCUUCUGAACGAGGCAGCUUCCUCUUCAGUCUGUCUUUGUCCAGAGCUGGGGAGAUCUUCACAGCCAGUUGAGAGCAAUGGACGUGGGGCUUUUGUAGCUUUGUAGCUGUUGGGGUCAGGUAGAGGCUCGUGGUAGGACCAAAGCUGGUUUUGAGCUGAGACUUUUCACAGUAGCUGUAGUGGGGUUGGUGUGUGUUGUCCCUGGAUCUGUGUUAACGGUUUCUAUCCUCUUGUUUGGUUUUGUACUGUGUAAAAUAACCCCUCUGACCCCAGGACCUGUGUCUGGGGGCAGCUCCCUGGGAAGUGUUGGCUGAUGGUGGAACAGCAGCCCCAGCCCUUGGCUUGACACAGUACAGCCUGGUGCUGGGAAGACCCCUAAUCCUGUCGGGGUGAGGCUCCCAGGCCUCUGGUGCUCUGACUUCAGUUGGAUUUUUUUAUUCUUUAUCCAAAGACCAAGUAGAGAACUUGCUGCUCCUUUUUGUUCAGAGGCCACCAAGCUGAGUCUGUGGUGCCAGGGCUGGCUGCCUUGCUACAGGCUCCAACCACAGCCUUGAUGGAGCUCUAAAUGCCACUUUGGUGGUGGGUUUUUUCCUCCCUGCCCGUGUUUCUGAGCUGUGAAGGAGUUUAAAGGCUCAAGGCACUGAGCAGAAGAGGAAGGUACUCCCGGGGCUGGGCUGGCAAAGCCCCAUCUCUCGCUUCCUCAGGGCUGCUUUGCAGGAGCUGCAGGCUGUGGUGGGUUUGGGCCCCUGGAUGCUCCUCAGCGCUUCACUGGGGCCGGUGCCGCCGAGGGGUGGCUCUGGGCUGCUUUGCAGGGUGAGGAGCGCGGGCAGCCUCGUUACACCGAGGGGUGGGGGCUUAAAACACACCUGUCGUUGUCGUAAGAAUAAAGAGCUGGUUUUGUA